GGUCUUUCUCGCAUCAUUGUUAUCAUCAUCGUCUUUUUCGGGGUCUGCGUUCUUCUCUGUUUUUUCCUUCUAUCAGCGGUGCUCUGUGAUUUUUGUAGUUUUUCCAGUCAAGUUUCCAUUCCCAUCCAUCUCCAUCACCAACCCACCGCAAGCUUGACCUCUUCUUACACCCACCAUUUACACCCAUCCUCCCACCCACUACCCAAACCCCAAACCCCAAACCUCACCACCCACCCACCAUGCCCCGAGCAUCCAAACUCCUCCCCUCACUCGGUCACGCCGCCUCCGGCGCCGGCGGCACCAUCAUUUCGACUUUAGCCACCUACCCGCUCGACUUGGUCAACACGCGCCUGAAGGUACAGCGCCAGCUGCGCGCCGACGGGGCCAUCGGGCCCGAGGACGGGUACUUGGGGAUUGUGGAUGCGUUCGAAGCGAUUUACGAGAGGGAAGGAGGGGUAAAAGCGUUCUUUGCGGGAUUGGGAGCCGAUUUGGGGAAGAGUGCUGCGGAUAGCUUUUUGUUCUUUUUGUUUUAUACGUGGUUCCGCGCCAAACGCCUCCGCGUCAACGAGCCAUACCUCAAAGUCCUCGAAGAGCUCGCCGUCGGCGCCGCGGCCGGCGCCUGCGCCAAGUUAUUCACCACGCCCGUGUCCAACGUCGUCACUCGCCGACAGACUGCCAACCUUAUUUCCUCCUCCUCCUCCUCCUCACGAAGCAACCCGUCUACCCCCACCACCGAAGGCAGCCCAACACGACCACGAAGCCCACCUGCCUCUCAUCCUACUUCUUCCCAGGCACAAGACCUCUCCUUCACCGAAACCAUUGUUUCCAUCUACCGCGAGCGCGGCUUGUUGAACGGGCUAUGGGCCGGCUACUCCGCCAGCCUGGUGUUGACGCUCAACCCCAGCAUGACUUUCUUCCUGCAGCAGAUUCUGAAGCGGAUGUUGGUUUCGCGGGAGAACUGGGAGGAGCCGGGGAGCGCGAUCACGUUUGUGAUUGCGGCGUUGAGUAAGGUCAUGGCUACUAGUCUGACGUAUCCGUUCCAGAUUGCGAAGGCUAGGGUGCAGGUUUCUUCUGCGCCUUCUCCUUCGUCAUCUAGGGACGACAGUGGGAAGGAAAAGGAGGAGAAGGAGGAGGAGAAAACGAAUGGGGAAGCAACGGCAACGACGACGGCCGCCGCGGCGACAAAGGCAAAAAAAGCGAAGAAAGCAGCAGCAGCAAGGGAAACUAUCUUCUCAACAGUCCUCCGUAUAGCGGAGACCGAGGGUGUCAAAGCUUUGUACGAUGGGAUUGGAGGGGAACUGCUCAAGGCGUUUUUCAACCAUGGGUUGACCAUGUUGUCCAAGGAUAUCAUUCAUGGGCUGAUCAUACAGCUGUACUUUGCUGUGGUGGCGGCGUUGAAGGAUUAUCGGAAGAUUAGGGAGAGGGUGAGCAAGAGGGCGAGGAAGGCCGGGGGGGAUGUGAGUAGAUAUUGUAUGCUUGCGACUUUGGCCGCGCAGAUGGUGAGGCAGAGGGGGUUGAGGCAGACUUUGGCGAUGGCUGGGUUCCUUGGGAAGGGGAAGGGGAAGAGUGAGUAG